UUGACCCAUCAUCUCGAUCCCCCUUCUCUCUGUCUCUGUCUCUCUCAUCACACACCAAUAUCGAUCCCAAAACAAACCAACCGCCAUGUUCAAGAAGUUUGACCCGUCCUCUGAUGUUUCGACAUCUACGCAAGUCAAAGCAUCAGUUCAAAGAGCUUUGAAAUCGCAAAUAAUUGAAUCGCAUCCUGAAAUCACGGAAGACAUCCUUGACGAAUUGAUUCCAAAGAAGUCACCCCUGGUACAGUUCAAGGUUGGCCCUCAUUUGAUGCUUUACUGUCGUAAAGUGGAAAAAGAAGGUAGCAGUCCCUCUGAUGAACCCAUUUUCUUCCAACAACGAGAUGGUCCCAUAUUGCCCGCUCUCAAAUUGGUGCACCACUAUCCAACCCUCUCCUUCAAGAGAGUGACGGUCGACAAAGGAGCGAUCCCAUAUCUGUUGGGAGGUGCCAACGUCAUGUGCCCAGGCCUGACGAACCCAGGUGGAGAAAUGCCCCCAGAUGGUAAAGAGCAAGAUGCUCAAGGGUUUGAUGUUCCUGGCGUCGCAAAAGGUCAAGGCGUAGUAAUUUAUGCCGAGGGCAAAGUACACGCCCUUGCCUGUGGUGUAAUGACAAUGUCCAGUGCCGACAUUCGAGAGAAGAACAAGGGCAUUGGCAUCGAGAUAAGUCACCAUCUAGGGGACGGCCUAUUUCAAACCAAUGAAAUCUAG